CUUCCGACUUGGAAAUAACACGCAAACGCUGCAAAAUUAGCGAAAAUGAAUUUUUUCGUAAUUGGUUUUUUGAUCAUGCAGGCGGCAAGAUUGGCUUGCGGGACGUGCGUUUUAGCGUCUGAUUUCGGUUUCAUACUCGAUUGUAACUUCAAAAAGUCUGGACUAUUUCGUGUACGAAAUUUGGGUGGCCUAAAGGCGCAUUUCGGUUUAGGUUUCAGCUUGGGCGAUGAACUGGGCUUUGCCGAAUCACUGGGCAACUUAGAGGGCGGUCGGCGACGCGCCAUUAGCUAUAAAAACGGGGCCCCGCCCGAGCUGGUGGGCGUGCUUCCAUCCACUCAGCAGGAGGCAAGGCAGACCAGUCAGCAGGCGUUACCGGAGAAACGCAUUAGCUCGCGAUCCACGGGCCCCUUGCCCUACAAUGUCCAGCUUUUGCAGCAGGCCAUACAGAGGCAAGCGGCAGCGACCGCUCCACAGCAACCUCUCAUGACCGAGGCCCGGCCAUUGCCGCUGGGCGUACCCGCUUUCCGACCUAUUCCCAAGAAACCCGCCGUCAACGAGGCGGUACAGACACCGUUAGGUGCACAGCGUCGCAUAGCCGUGGACACGCCUCAGCCGCGUGUCAGCUUGAAUAACAAGCUAGUGGACAGCCAUGCUAAGCCGCACUCCAAUCGCACCUUCCACACAGAUAAUCCUGUGGUUUCCCAACCGCAGGCAGUGCCCGUGUUCCAAGCCAUGCCCGAUUCCAUUUCACGCAUCGCCAAUGUGGGAAAGACGACGGCAACUAAGGUGGCCAAGCAUCCGAACUAUUUGCAAUUUGAGGAGCCCAAGUUCGACUUAAAGGACGUGACCGUUGAGGAGCUGGCUGCAGCAGCCAAUGUCAGUGUGGAGACGAUCAAGCACGCCAUAUAUGUGCGAGAGCAGCAGCUGAAGGCGGAACAUCGUGCCAUGCUGGCGGCCAAGCUGCGCGAAGAGUUCAUGCGAACGUCGACGAUCAAAACGACGACAACGACCACCACGACAACCACACCGCGACCAAUGUACAUAGAGGCGGUGUCGAAGGAACACAAAGCUUCCAAGGUUAUGAAUGCGCCCAAGGAAUACUAUCCUGUCGGAUAUGAGAAGAACUUUGACGACAACUUCAAGUCCAAAGUGGAUUUGCCGCCAACGAGCUUCUCCUGUGCGAAGCAGAAACAUUUUCCCGGCCUCUACGCAGACACCGAUCUGGGCUGCAUGGUCUUCCAUGUGUGCGCCCUCACUGAUGAUGGCAUGGUGCGCAAGUCUUUCCUCUGCCCGGAGAACACGCUCUUCGAUCAGACCAUACUCAAGUGCAAUUGGUGGUUCUAUGUGGACUGCAGUUCCAGCACCAGUGUCUACGACUCCAAUAUACCCAUCUCUAAGAGCUAUCAGCUCAUGAAGUCGCUCACGUACUUCUCGAAGUACAAUAGUCAGAAGAACGAGCAGGGCAACGAGAAGGAUGAUAACGCCCUGGACAUAGAUACGCUGCGUGAGUCCAUGGAGGGUGUGGCCCGAAGACUGGAGCAAGCCAAGAAGACGGAGCUCCAGCAAGCGCAGCAGUCAACGACAACGUCAACAAGCGGAGAGCUCACUGUGCCGGAUGGAGCUCAACAGCAGCAGCUCUCCAAUUAA